GUCAGAUCCCUGUCCUGAGGCCCCAGGGACUCCCUGCCCUAGACUGAGAGCAACUCUGGUCCAGGUGUGGACCCAUGCUACCCUCUGCCGGUCUGAAUUGGUAGGGCACAAAGUGGCCAGGCUGCCUUCAAUGUGGAAGCCCCAUUUUCCAAACACAUUGGCUCUUUGAUUUUCAGGGCACUUGGAUAUCCAUGAAACAAAGACGAGAGGAGUUCAAGGUGAUGUCACUCAUCAAGGAACUGCAGGGCACGUGUCAGGAGCUCCAUGUGGUUCCUGAGGUGAACUUUGUGUCUUGGUUCACCAAUCUGAAACGCCUCAGUGAAACUGAAUGUGCCAAGCUGUCUAUGGAGCUGGAGCCUCCCCUCAGGGCAGGCUUCCUGGCCAGGAACCCCAAGUGGAGCCCUCUCCUGAGGAAGCCCUCAGGACAUCUCCAGGCUCCUACCAGACAGCUCAGCAGAGAUGGCAGCUCCCAGUUGGAGACAAAUGACCGGCUCAGCAGUGGGACUAGCAGCGCUCCACCCACCGUGCAGCUGGGUUACUCACCCCGGCCUUACUGCCACUGGUAUCGGUUGUACCAGUCUGCCCCGAACAUCUACAGGUCAAAGAUUCUUCAAGAAUACGAUGGAAUCUUGCUGUUCCUGAGCCCUCAGCCCUUUAGGAGAGCUGGGCAGGAGGGGAUAGCCUAAGCUGCAUCUCUUCACUCCAGAUGCCUGCAUACACUCAUUGGUGUAGAUUUGAACAGAAGAAAAUACCAACUUCCAGUGCAUCCUGGGAAACACAGUGUGUGAAGCACAAAGCCUCAAAUGUCAUGGUUUACCAAUGAAGAAGGGUGGGUGGGUGAUUUAGAUUAAAAUGUUGAGCUGAAACACACCUAGUCCAUUUAAACCAUUUCUCUGCAAGAGCAAGGUUUUGUAGGUACCUUU